AUGGCGUCUGGUGCGGACUCACUGCUCGCCCUCACGGGUAAACGUACCACAGGUCAAAGCAUUCGUACGCAGAAUGUAAUGGCCGCUGUGGCUAUCGCAAACAUUGUCAAGUCUUCCCUUGGUCCCGUUGGUCUUGACAAGAUGCUUGUAGAUGAUGUUGGAGAUGUUAUUGUGACUAACGAUGGCGCUACAAUUCUCAAGCAACUAGAGGUUGAACAUCCCGCUGGAAAAGUUCUUGUCGAGUUAGCUCAGCUCCAGGAUGAUGAGGUUGGUGAUGGGACCACUUCGGUUGUUAUCGUUGCCGCUGAGCUUCUUAAAGCUGCAGAUGAACUUGUGAAGAACAAGUUGCAUCCUACAACUGUGAUAAACGGUUAUAGACUUGCCUGCAAAGAGGCAGUGAAAUACCUGCAGGAAAACCUGUCGUUUUCUGUCGACGAGCUUGGCCGUCAAUCUUUGAUAGAAGCGGCGAAAACAUCUAUGAGCAGUAAACUUAUUGGCCCUGAUUCCGAUUUCUUUGCUUCACUUUGCGUUGAUGCAACGGAAGCCAUAAAAGUUACAGACUCUACUGGGAAGGUGACGUAUCCAAUUGCUGCCGUUAAUGUGCUUAAAGCUCACGGAAGAAGUGCUCGUGAAUCGAUGUUAAUCAAAGGAUAUGCGCUGAAUUGCACGGUGGCUAGUCAAGCCAUGCCACUUCUCGUUCCAAACGCAAAGAUUGCUUGCCUCGAUUUUUCGUUGCAAAAGGCAAAAAUGCACCUUGGAAUCUCCGUGGUUGUUGAAGAUCCUGAGAAGUUGGAAGCCAUACGGCGCGAAGAAUAUGACAUAACAAAACGUCGAAUUGAAAAGAUUCUUAAGGCUGGUGCAAAUGUCGUGUUAACCACUGGUGGUAUCGAUGACUUGUGUCUGAAACAGUUUGUUGAGGUUGGUGCUAUGGCAGUGCGCCGGUGUAAGAAAACGGACUUGAAACGUAUUGCAAAAGCAACUGGAGCCACACUUGUAAGCUCCCUAGCUACACUGGAAGGUGAUGAGGCAUUCGAUCCAUCGCUCCUCGGUCAUGCCGAUGAAGUAGUUCAAGAGCGAAUCAGCGAUGAUGAACUGAUUUUGAUCAAAGGACCUAAGGCACGCACCGCGAGUUCCAUUAUUCUGCGUGGAGCCAACGAUGUGAUGCUUGAUGAAAUGGAACGUUCUGUGCAUGACGCACUGUGCGUCGUUCGUCGUGUGCUAGAAAGUCGGCGAUUAGUGGUGGGAGGAGGUGCUGUUGAAACAGCAUUAAAUGUGUGGUUGGAGGCAUUUGCAACUACUUUGUCCUCUCGUGAGCAACUCGCGGUGGCGGAAUUCGCACAAGCAUUACUGGUUAUUCCGAAAACGUUGUCGGCGAAUGCUGCUAAAGACUCAACCGAGCUUGUAGCCAAACUAAGGGCUUUCCACCACAAAGCCCAAACGAAUUUGCAGUUGCAACACUUGAAAUGGGCGGGCCUUGACUUGGAAAAUGGUGACAUUCGUGACAACCGUGUAGCAGGCGUAAUUGAACCCCUCUUGAGCAAGGUGAAAUCUCUCAAGUUUGCCACGGAAGCAGCGAUAACCAUCCUCCGCAUUGACGACCUCAUCAAGUUGGACAAGCCAACGCCAACAAGAGAUGACGACGAAUGUGGAGCGUAA